CGGGAGGUGCGCAGCCCGCACCCUGAGCUCCGCGAGCCUCCUGAGCGCGGCGGCUGCCUCGGCGCUGCGCGUCCUCGGCCGUCCGGCCGCCGCUGCAAUCGCCUGCAGCCGCGCUGAGGAAGGCGGGCUGCGGUGCAUGGCCCCGAUCGGAGGUGCGCGGCCCGCACCCGGAGCUCCGCGCGCCUCCUGAGCGCUGCGGCCGCCUCGGCCGUCCGGCCGCCGCCGCAAUCGCCUGCAGCCGCGCUGAGGAAGGCGGGCUGCGGUGCAUGGCCCCGAUCGGAGGUGCGCGGCCCGCACCCGGAGCUCCGCGCGCCUCCUGAGCGCUGCGGCCGCCGCCGCAAUCGCCUGCAGCCGCGCUGAGGAAGGCGGGCUGCGGUGCAUGGCCCCGAUCGGAGGUGCGCGGCCCGCACCCGGAGCUCCGCGCGCCUCCUGAGCGCUGCGGCCGCCUCGGCCGUCCGGCCGCCGCCGCAAUCGCCUGCAGCCGCGCUGAGGAAGGCGGGCUGCGGUGCAUGGCCCCGAUCGGAGGUGCGCGGCCCGCACCCGGAGCUCCGCGCGCCUCCUGAGCGCUGCGGCCGCCUCGGCGCUGCGCUUCCUCGGCUAUCCGGCAGCCCUCCCGCGGACAGGACUGCGUAGCCUCCCCUUGGACUGGAACUUGCUGAAAGUCUUCUUCAUGGAAGCGAUGUCCCCCCAACAGGAGACACUAAGGGGGCAGCCGGGGCGCUCCUCUUCCCUGACAGGAGUGUCUCUGAUCGCGGGCGGCUGCAGCACUAAGAAAAUGAAAACACUAGCAGAAAGGAGAAGGAGUGCCCCAUCUCUCAUCCUGGAUAAAGCCCUGCAGAAACGGCUGAGUACCAAGGAAGGCCCGUCUGCUACCGUGGACACAUGUACAUUUCUGUUAUCCAUGUGCUCCAGUAGGACCCUGCUAAUUGACGAACGGGUAGACAUCAGAAGAGGCCUGCACAGGCAGGAGCGUCAUCUUUUUCUUUUCAGUGACAUGUUUGUUGUGGCCAAAGUCAAAUACAACAAUAAUCUUAAGAUUAAAAAAACAAUAAAAUUAAGUGACAUGUGGGUAGCAAGCCACAUGGAUGAAGUGGAAGAAGGCAGAACCAGCGCCAUGGAAUCCUUUAUCCUGGGCUGGCCCACCAUCAACUUUGCGGUCUCUUUCAGUUCCCCAGAACAAACGGGCAGAUGGUUCUAUCUCUUUCAGAGAUACAUCAAUCUAGAGAAAGAAAAGGACUACCCGAAGAGCAUUCCGCUCAAAAUCAUCGCCAAGGACAUUGGGAAUUGUGCCUAUUCUAAAACUGUAACAGUAACAAAUACAGAUACUACAAAUGACGUUAUCAACGCGGCCCUACCAAUGCUAGGGAUAACUGGCUCUGAGAGAGAAUACCGCUUAUGGGUGUAUUCGGGCAGAGAGGAGGCACCAUACCAACUUAUUGGACAUGAAUUCCCCUACGGGAUUACAAUGAGUCACCUCCGAGACAUGGCAUUCCUGAUGCAGGAGUCAGAGGACUCCCCCACAACUUCCAACCUCCAAGAGCCCUUCUUCAUGGAACAGCUGCCCCAAGAGAUGCAGUGCCACUUCAUCUUGAAGCCCAGCCAGGUGGCUGUGGCCCAACAACUGGGUGGUCAGAAGACGUUUAAAAGAAGAAGAUCUAUCAUUAACUGGGCCUUCUGGCGGGGCUCGAGCACCCACCUGGACAACCAGCCCGUGUCACCAACGUCUCCGAUGCCGGGACUGCUCUUCGGAGUGUCUUUGCCAGAUAUCUGUGAGAACGACAAUCUACCCAAACCUAUCUUGGAUAUGCUUUUCUUCCUUAAUAAGAAAGGACCCCUCACAAGAGGGAUCUUCAGACAGUCGGCCAACAUGAAAUCCUGCAGAGAGCUGAGAGAGAAACUGAAUUCCGGAGUUGAAGUAUACCUAGACUAUGAAUCAGCUUUCGUGAUAGCCUCUGUCUUAAAGGAUUUUCUACGGCACAUUCCGGGAAGCUUAUUAUCAUCAGAUCUCUAUAAUCAUUGGGUCUGUGUAAUGGACAAAGGAAGUGACGAGGAAAAAAUAAAUGCAGUUCAAAGGCUAUUAGACCGGCUCCCAAGAGCGAAUGUUGUUCUGCUAAAGUAUCUUUUUGGGUUAUUGCACAAGAUUGAAAAACACGCGUCAUCGAAUCAGAUGAAUUCAUUUAACUUAGCAGUGUGCAUCGCUCCAAGCAUCCUUUGGCCUCCUGCUUCCUCCAGCCCCGAACUAGAAAGUGAAUUUACAAACAAGGUUUCUCUGCUUAUACAAUUUCUGAUUGAAAAUUGCUGUAUAAUAUUUGGAGAAGAAAUCACUUCCCUUUUGGAAGAGGUUUCAGUGACAUGUGAUACGAAAGAGAAAGUCUCAGAUAACUCUUUCUUCCAACUGAAUGACUCCUCCUAUGACAGCCUGGAAAAUGAGCUGAACGAAGAAGUCGAUGCUCCGUGCAGUGACUUGGUAAAGAAACUCAGUCUGGGCAGCAGAAGCAUGGACUCCAUGUUAACCCUCAGUGACUAUGACCUCGAGCAGCCUGAGGUGGAAAGCAUUUUAACCCUGAGCGACUUUGACUUAGACCAUCCUGAAGAUGAAGACGUUCAGGUGGAACAGCCCGGUGAGCCCGAGCCGGUGACCGUGGCGGCAGUGUACAGAAAGUCCUCGCUGCAGGACCAGGCCAGUGCCCCCUCUGGCAUGAGCACCCCCAGCCACCUGUCCGCAGCUAUGGAAGAUGCUCCAAAAACCCCAAGGCAACAGCGGCGCUGCUCGGAGCCCAGCAUCGGCUACCUGGGCUCAAAGCUUUCCUUUCUCAGGGCGUUUUAUCCGAAAAGGAUACGCAAGUCGAGCUGUGAUGCGAUUCUCCUGAAAAAAGAUGAGAACCAUCUGAGUCAGAAUCCACCCCUCCAGGAAGAGGGUAAGACAGGUUUUAAAACAAGUUUAGUCACAGACACUGAUGUCAAGAAAAAUGCCACUGAUAAAAAUGAUAAGAAGAAAAGCUGGUGUGAUAGCGAAGGAAAUCAUGUAAACCUUUUUCCUAAAUCCAAGCCAGUGACCAUUUCUCACAGCCACCUGUCUUCACACGAUCGUCCCAGGAACCAGCCCUUCACUGUGGACACGGCUGGGUACUCCCCACCAUGCACAGCAGAGCCCCUCAAGGGCUCAAGGAGGCAGCGGCGCUGCUCAGAGCCCAGCACUGAUGACCGACGCUGCAAACUGACCUAUCUCAGGGGACUUUAUUCAAAAAAGAAGCAGCACAACACGAGCUGUGACACCAGUCUCUUGCACAGAGAGGAGGAUUAUCUCAAGCGGCACAAGUCUUUGCAGAUGGAGGGGCAAAAGCUUAUCAAUCAGAGCUUGGUCAUGGGGAUCGAGGUUGGCAAGAGUGGUGCCGCAAACCAGAACACUGAGAAGGUCUUCCCUCCAAGAUUAAACAUUUGCCCGAGGAGUAGCUGUUCCAGCUUGUCCUCCCCGGACACGUCCACAUCUGGCUCACCAGUAAGCUCCCAAGACAGCGCAUUUUCUCAGAUUUCUGAACAAUCGGUGUUUACACCCACUGAAACAUCCUCUCCAAUAGAUUGCACUUUUCAAGCUCAAGGAAAACAGGAAGAGCUUUCUUCUGACUUUAGCAGUUCCAGCCUCAUUUCUGGAAUUCCCGGUCCCUCAUCAGGGCAGGCCAGCAGCCACCAGGCUCAUACAAAAAAGGACAGCCUAGAGGGGCAUUCACAAAUGCGUUCUGUAAGUCUUCACCCCAGCACAUGGUUGAGAAAUGGUAUAGCCAGUUUGAAAAAUUGGUCUCUCAAAAAGAAGGCAAAGGCACCAAGACCAGAAAACAAUAAAACAGGUUCUCUAAAAGGACCCACGGAGCCACGUCCACGCGCUCCUGGCAUUCCAGAAGCCAGCGCACUGCAAGAGAGACAGACAGACAUUCCCCAAAGGGCAGCCGAAGGGCUUGGAGCUGUGCAAACAGCCCAGUCCUGUAGUUCUUACCCCAGCCAGGACUCAGAGAAGGAUGGUAGCUCUCCAUCCAGCCUGGCAGAAGACGGACUUGAGCUUUGUAUGAAGUCGCCUGAGGAAGGAGAGAAGGAUGGGCAGUGCUCUCCUGGUACUCUGCCUCUAGAAGGAUCCUCACCCAGCUCUUUGCCAGUGGAUGACGUGUCCAGCCCAGACUCAGGGCCAACAGUGGUUUCUGAUGCUGAGGACACGCCUGUAACCAAAGACAUUUAACCACAAUCAGAAUCUAAUAUCUGCAAGGACAGAAACUGGGCUACUAAUAACAUAAAGAUAAUAAUUACUAUGACCCCUGUGUAUAGAAUAACCGAGACAGGUAGCAUCGGGGUUAUCUCUGCUGAUACUUAGAACAACAAAAGAAUCCUCUUUGUUGAGACUAUUUGGCAAAAAGUCAAGGCUAAAAGAUUUUAUCACCUAACUGGGAGGCUUUUCCUUUUUGGAGCAUGGAUUGAUCCUGUCAUGCAUUUUAAGAGAUCCCAGCAGAGGGCUAAAGAUGCAUCAUCUUCUCUAGAGGAAACAUGCCUUCGAUGACGCUAAGAAGGCCAGGAUAUCAAAAGUGAAGAAUAAAAGCCAUGGACAGAGGGGGAAGUCUGCAAAGAAACCAUCCACAUUCCAUGAAAUGUUUGUAAUAAGUAGCAAGAAAAAUGCCACCAAUCAAAGCAUUAAGAAGGAAAGCAUGUCAGAUGAUCAAGGAAAUCACGUCAGACUUUUCCCCGAAACCAAGCGAGUGGCCAGUUCUGAGACAUCUCAUAGUCAAUCAUGUGCCCUCACAGAAUCAUUCCAGGUACCAGCCCAUUAAGGCAGCUAGUGUGGAAGAAACUCGAGGGAUUCGAGCCACGAGUACCAUGACAUCAUAGUUUUUGUUGGUCAGUUUGUUUUUCCAUGAGCGUUUCACUGCUCUGCAGAGGCCCCUGGACACAGCUAUGGGGAGAAAGAAGGAAAUGGGUGCUCAUUUCAGUGUUCUUCCCAGAGGUGCCUGAGCCAGGAACAUUCUCCAGAAAUGUACUUUUUCCUCCUAGGAGGUGCCCUCCUGACAGCAUUGGCUGUUCUUAGUGAGGAGGAAGAGUCUGCAACAACAGUCCUUCCUUUGUUACACGGUCACUGUUGCCAACAGGUGAUCAAAGCAGGACUCCUCUUUGCUGAAAUGUUUUUCUGCAGCCUUGCCUCUUGGAUUAAUCAGCCAGAAAAAAAAUUGCUGAUAAAUCCUCCCUUUUCUGAUGGCCAUUUAACAGCCGAGAGAGCAGUUUUGAGAGCUGGCAGGUUGUAAAGAGUCACAAAACAGAAGAGCCACCACAGUGGCUGUCUGGCCUUCUUUCAGAUACUCCUUGACGCUGGAUUUUCUCACCUCCAGAAGUUUUUACAUCAUUUUGUCCCAAAAUGAUUCACGGUGUAUACCCCACUGGUUUAUUCCAGUGGGGUACACACCACCGUGCGUACCCCACUGGUUUAUUCCAGUGGGGUAUGCACCACCGUACGUACCCCACUGGUUUAUUCCAGCGGGGCAUACACGGUGGUGUAUACCCCAUUGGUUUAUUCCAGCGGGGCAUACACGGUGGUGUAUACCCCAUUGGUUUAUUCCAGCGGGGCAUACACGGUGGUGUAUACCCCAUUGGUUUAUUCCAGUGGGGUAUACACUGUGAAUCAUCUUGGGACAAAAAGAUGUAAAAACUUCUGGAGGUCAGAAAAUCCAGCGUCGAGGACUGUCUGAAAGAAGGCCCGACAGCCACUGUGGUGGCUCUUCUGUUCUGUGACUCUUUACAACCUGCCAGCCCCUCUCUCUCAAAGGUUACACCUCUCCUGGAUUACCUCCAUGGAUUAUUAGGCCUUGCCAGACAGUACGAAGGGACAAGCAGGAAUGGCUGUGCACCUUCCUUCAUUUUAAACACUUACUUAUUAGAAAUUGCUUAGAACCCAUUUGACCUCUUUAAUUCAAAUUCCGAUGGCCCUUUCUCCCACAAACUUGCUUAUUCCAAAUCACUUUUCUUAGCCACCCAGAAACUUUCAUGCCAAAUAUGCUUUCCCUGUUGUCCUAACGAUUGCAUUUUUUCAUUGUAAAAAAAAAAUAUUUUUUCUGUAAGCUAGAAGUCCUUUCAGUAUUAGCCAUAGGUGCUACCUACCUCUUGGGGACAUGGCCCUUUUUGUCCUUAGCAGUAUAAUAAACCUUUAGAAUUCUGUCCAAAGAGCUCCUUUAUGACACUGGCCAUCUCAGUCACAGAUGUGAAGUAGAUUUUACCUUAUCACCAACCACUCCUAUAUUUAGACUAAUCUAAGUGUCCAUAUGCAUCUCACGUGAUACGAUAUAUGAGAGCAGCAGGGAUUCCCCUCACCCUGCGGGCACACUACUGUCAGAACUGCAAUAUGUGAAUGAAGCUCUAUGGCUUGGAGUGUCUUUUCCAGAAGCAAACUGCUUCUCUACUUAACAAAAUAAUAGUUCUAGUCAUUUUUUUUUCUUUUGUAGUGGCGAGAGAAAAAUCAUACGCCCAGUUUGAAGCAGAGAAAAGAAUAGACACUCGAGUUCUUUAAUAACCAUUUCUACUCUGUGUUCCCUUAGAUACUCCUUACAUACUUAAUGUGAAUACUUAAUAUUGCUGUAAAGUAUUAUAUUGUAUGAUUUGAAGACAGACUACAUGUCAUUUUAUUACACUCUUGUCAAUCUAUAAUAUAUCAGACUGAUGCUUUAUCUAAGAUGCUUUUGAGUUUGUAUAAUAUAUCUUGACAAAUUUUACUACAUAUGUUAUGUAAGAAAUGUGUAUUUUUGUAUUUGCAGAAACCGCUGCUAAAUUUUAAAGUUGUUUGAUUUUUCAAGGCACUGAUAAUAGAUAUGUAUGAAGUCCAUGCAAUGUAUUAAAUGAAACACCAUUUUUCAAAAGUUAACAAUCCCUCCAGAGUAAUACUGCCCUUUGUGCAAUUGUUUUAGCUAAUGAACUCAAUUUCUGCUUAACAUUGAGGAUUUCAUAAAAUGUAAUUAAUGAUGAAUUGGAACUUUGAACUUUUCGUCAUAGGCCAUGGUCAGUCUUUCCAGAAAAAGAUAUUUUUCUAAUCUUAUCAUUUACCAAACAAGUCAUGCUUGAGACACAAAGUCUUCAUUUUCUUAGGUAUUACAUUCUCACGGUGCUCCUAGAAUCAGAUGCACAUAUAGUCUACAUUCUUAUAGCAAAAAAAAAAAAAAAAAAACCCAAAAAAAAAACCAAAAACACUCGGUUUGAUUGUAUAAGAUUUUCUUAUCUAAAUUUGAACCAUUCUGACCAGAGUGUCCACUUGAUUCCAGACACAUCCAGGCAUCCCAGGAUGUCUGGAUCUAGAUACUACAAGACAUCAGUACUUCUAAGGUCAUGUAAACUUAAGCAGUAUUACUGGUUUCUUGUGACUGCUGCAUUUUUGCCCCCUCAAAGUUCACAGAGUUCACUCUGUGUGAGUCUAAGCACCAUUUCAAAGAGAUUCAAAAAUAUAUAUACUACCUUAGUCCAGAAAAAAAAAACUGAUUUGCUUUGAGCAGUAAAGGCCUACAACCCACUGUCAGAAAUGUCACUGAUUAAAUUUGGGCAAUGUACACAUAUACUGAUGUUGAUUUCUCCUUAAUGUUAAACAAAUAAUGUAUUUGUUUGCUUUUAAAGAAGAAUCUCAAUCUACUGUGAAACCAUUGGAUUGAAUAAACUAUCUCACAUUGUA